CGGGGCCGGACGGAUGCCCCCCCCUUGCUCCACCAAUAGCCUUGUCUAUCGCCAUAUCUUCUCGCGAUCGCUACCCCGACCCCUCGGACGUCGUGCCCCGCGCCUGUGCUUGCGCCUCGAGUCCUUUAUUGUCGUCUUCUACCAUAGUUCCCUAAUUCUUCGUAACUUAUCGGGUUACAGCUACACACACGAUGGCUACAGAAAAGCCGUCGGUACUCAUCAUCGGUGGGCUGGGCUAUAUCGGUCGUUUCCUAGCCCGAUACAUACACGAGAGCGACCUCGCAUCUGAGAUUCGCCUUGUAGACAAAGUAUUACCGCAAUUGGCCUGGCUACCGCCAGAGUUCGAAACAGCAUGCUCUGCGGAUAGAUUUAUGCAGGCGGAUGCGAGUAAAGAGCAAGCGCUAGCGCGAAUAUUCGACCGAACUGACGGAAAAGAAUGGGAUUAUGUUUUCAACUGUGGCGGCGAGACGAGAUAUUCUCAGGAGGAUGAAGUAUAUAAAGUGCGAUCUCUCGGCCUGUCAUUAGCAGUUGGCAACGAAGCAGCGAAACGGAAAGUGAAGUGCUUCGUGGAGUUGAGCACAGGCAUGGUAUAUAAGCCAACCUCGUCGCCGAGCAAAGAAAGCGAUAAACUCAAGCCUUGGAGCAAGAUAGCCGUCUUCAAGCUCCAGGCAGAAGAGGAGCUAGCCAAGAUUGAAGGUUUGAAUCUCGUUAUCGUGCGCCUACCCCAUGUGUAUGGUCCGUAUGCGUCUCAGUGGGUGGCAACGGCAUUAUGCAUGGCGCGUGUCUAUCAAGCGCUCGGUGAAGAGCUGAAGUUCUUAUGGACCAAAGACUUACGCACAAACACAGCCCACAUUGAUGAUGUUACACGGGCUCUGUGGGAUGUUGCCGUUUGGUAUGACGCGGGCAAGGCCAAAUGGGAUGAGAAGGAAAUGGGCAAGACGCCGAUAUUUAAUAUCGUGGAUAAGGGUGCGACUACUCAAGGCAUAGUUGCUGACAUCAUCGGGGAGGUGUUUGGGAUCGAAACGGGAUUUCAAGGCCAAUUACUGAGUAACCUCGCUCGGCUCAACAUGGACACCGUUGUGGACGAUGUGAAUGAUGAUGUUCUUGGGCCUUGGGCAGACCUCCUCGCCGACGCUGGAAUAACGAGACCGGGCCCGUUAACUCCGUUUAUGGAAAAGGAGUUGUUGAAGGAUACGGACCUCAGCAUGGAUGGCGGGCGACUUGAGACGGUACUUGGGUUUCAAUACCAAAAGCCAGUUAUCACCAAGGAGCUAGUCGAGGAGGUGAUUGAGAGCUACAAAAAGAUGAAGUGGUGGCCUUGAUCUGGACGUGGCGGUUGUUCGCGUCGCGAAAAAAAAAAACAAUAUGCCCCAAGGCGUUGAGUGUCAGGGGCGAGUACUUAGUAUGUAUAAAGCAACCCAAGGGUGACGGCAACUUCGCAUGAUUCCAAGCCUAGGAGGGAAGUACUGGUUGCCAGCGAUGACUCCAUGAUAACGGGUCGAUGAUGGAUUUGGACCGCAGGCGAUGGUGGGCUAUCGUCUUUAGAAAAAUUCCGGAGUAUCAGCAGUAGGCGGUGACAUUGUAUGAGUAGGAUAUCCCCCUUUUUUUUUACCCUUUCGUCCAGACGCACUCAUGUACAAAAUUGCGGGUGUCUAGGAAGCCUUUGUUCGGUGCCUGGGACCUAA